AUGCUAGAGAUACUGGACCAACAUACCUUCACUGAGUCAAUACCUUUGGGUCGGGGACAAGGCAUGGAUUCGUCGGCGUGUUCGCCAACGAAACAAACAGACGUUGGUCCUUCUGAUCGAUCUCAAAGCAGGGCUAUACGUGGACGGGUUUCCCAUUCGAUCACGGUCGUUGCUACGGGCGAUGCACUGUUUCAUCGUAUGGUAGCCACUGUUACAAACUGGGACAUCUUCUACGAUGCAUCUUUAGACAAACUCCCUUAUGGACCCUGGCUUUGA